AGCCACUCACAAACCAACUCUACUUUGAGUCAGUAUCAAGAGCAUUACCAACAAUCCACUAAGAAUGAUCAAAAUUGUACUUCAAUUUGCCUGUGUUUGCUUGUUUGUGCAAGUAGCACUCGCAGUCAAGGGACCUGUGCCUGAAGCAGUAUGUGACGCCAUUUGCCCGAUCGACAACCCCAUUGUCGCAAACGUGCAUUUGCCAUACACUAACAGUUGCACUCUGUUCUGUCACUGUGCCAAUGAUGGUAACUGGAAAAAAGAAUGCCCCACUGGCCUUUAUUUCAAUCCUACCCUAGAGGUGUGUGACUGGCCCAAUGCUUCUGGUUGUGAUGAUGGCUCAUCCGCAGCCCAACCGACCUCUUCCCCAUCUACCACCCCAACAGCACCACCACCAACAACCCCCACAUCCGCACCUUCUACUCCUACUGCUGCACCGUCUACUACUUCUGCUGCACCCUCCACUACUUCUGCUGCUACCACUUCAGCACCUUCUGAAGAAUGCGAUAAGGUCUGCCCGCCUGUUUUCCCCAUUACUGCAAAUCUUCACCUUCCACAUCCUGAUGACUGUACAAAGUUCUGCCACUGUGCCAAUAGUGGUAACUUUGCCAAAGAUUGCCCCGCUGACCUUCAUUUCAACCCUACUCUAGAGGUGUGUGAUUGGCCCGAUGUUGCUGGUUGUGCUUCUGGCUCAUCCGCAGCCCCACCAUCAUCUACCACCGCUGCACCCUCUACUACUAGUGCUGCACCCUCUACUACUACUGCUGCACCGUCUACCACUUCUGCACCUUCUACUACUUCUGCUGCACCCUCCACUACUUCUGCUGCUACCACUUCAGCACCUUCUGAAGAAUGCGAUAAGGUCUGCCCGCCUGUUUUCCCCAUUACAGCAAAUAAUCACCUUCCACAUCCUUCCGGCAAAUGCAAUUUAUUCUGCCACUGUGCCAAUAGUGGUAACUUUACCAAAGAGUGUGCCGAUGGUCUUCAUUUCAACCCUACCCUAGAGGUGUGUGACUGGCCCGAUGUUGCUGGUUGUGCUUCUGGCUCAUCCGCAGCCCCACCAUCAUCUACCACCGCUGCACCCUCUACUACUAGUGCUGCACCCUCUACUACAACUGCUGCACCGUCUACCACUUCUGCACCUUCUACUACUUCUGCUGCACCGUCUACUACUUCUGCUGCACCCUCCACUACUUCUGCUGCUACCACUUCAGCACCUUCUCAAGAAUGCGAUGCGGUUUGCCCACCUGUUUUCCCCAUUACCGCAAAUAAUCUCCUUCCACAUCCUAAAGACUGUGAAAAGUACUGCCACUGUGCCAAUAAUGGCAACUGGACCAUGAAUUGCCCCUCUGGCCUUUAUUUCAACCCUAUUCUAGCGGUGUGUGACUGGCCCAAUGCUUCUGGUUGUGUUCCUGGCUCAUCCGCUGCCCCGCCGUCUUCUUCCCCAUCUACCACCCCAACAGCAACACCAACAACAACCCCCACAUCCGCACCUUCUACUCCUACUGCUGCACCGUCUACUACUUCUGCUGCACCCUCCACUACUUCUGCUGCUACCACUUCAGCACCUUCUCAAGAAUGCGAUAAGGUCUGCCCUCCUGAUUUCCCCAUUACCGCAAAUAAUAUCCUUCCACAUCCUAAAGACUGUGAUAAGUACUGCCACUGUGCCAAUAAUGGCAACUGGACCAUGAAUUGCCCCUCUGGCCUUUAUUUCAACCCUAUUCUAGCGGUGUGUGACUGGCCCAAUGCUUCUGGUUGUGUUCCUGGCUCAUCCGCUGCCCCGCCGUCUUCUUCCCCAUCUACCACCCCUACAGCACCACCACCGACAUCCAGCACAGCCGCACCCUCAACUACUAGUGCUGCACCGUCUAGUACUUCUGCUGCACCAUCAAGUACUACUGCUUCAUCCACUACCCCUGCCAAUGUUUGCACAUCGGUGUGUCCUCCUGACUACCCCAUCAACGCAAACCUUCAUCUGUCCCAUCCUCUUGACUCUCAUAAAUUCUGCCACUGUGCAAACGAUGGUCAAUGGGAGAAAGAUUGCCCCGCAGGACUUGUAUUCAACCCAAUUCUUUCGGUUUGCGAUUGGUAAUUACAGAACAACUGGCUAGAUGUUUUAUUAUAUUCAUGGACCAACAAACAAUUAAAUAAAUAAAUAAUAAAUAAAUAAAAACAUAAAA